AUGGCCAAAAACUUCUACAACCCCAACUCUGCUCCUUACUACGAUCCAAAAACAGACCGUAGGGUGGUUUUCAUCACAGGAGGAAAUUCUGGUAUCGGAUGGUUCACCAUUCUUCACUUAUACUUGCACGGCUACGUUGUCUACAUUGCAGGCAGAACCGAGUCUAAGGUGCUCACUGCUAUUGAUGAAAUUAAACAAGAAGCCGAGAAAAGAACGACAGCUGCUGGCGAUGAGGCUUUGAAAAGACCAUUGGGUGAGCUCAGUUAUCUCCACAUUGACUUGUUGGAUUUGUCUUCUGUGGAUGAAGCUGCGAAACAGUUUGCCUCUAAGGAAAAGAAGUUGCACGUUCUCAUCAACAAUGCUGGACUUAUGGGGGUUCCCUAUGAAUUGACAAAGGACAAGUACGAGGUUCAGUAUCAGGUCAACUACGUUAGUCACUUCUUGUUGUCACUCAAGUUGUUGCCUCAAUUACAAGCUGUGGUCGAUGAAGGUAAGGUCCAACCUCGUGUGGUAACUCUUGCUUCUGUGGGCCACAACUUUGCCUUCAAGCACUUUGCUCCUUCUGACACUAUCAACAAGAACCCUAAUGUCAUCUACACAUGGGUCAGAUACGGUCAAGCUAAAACUGCCAACAUUCAGUUUGCAAGUGAAUUCGCAAAGAAGUACCCAGACAUUUUGAGUGUUUCAGUACAUCCUGGUAUUAUCUUGGGUACCGAGCUCUAUAACUAUUGGAAGAAGUUGCCUGUUAUUGGCUGGAUUUUCAAGGGAAGCUCUUGGUUCUUGGACAAAUCCAUUGGUGUAUCCAACGAAGAGGGAGCUACUGCUUCGCUUAAAUUGGCUAUGGACCCAUCUGUCACUGCUGCUGAAGACAACGGCAAAUACUACUCUACAGGAGGUGUUGAAGAUACUGCCAGCAAGAUUGCCAGAGACCCAGAAUUUGCUAAACUCACCUGGGACUGGAAUCUCGAACAAUUGAACGAGAGAGGAUUCCAUCUCAAGGGCUAG